UCUUCAACAUUCUGGAAGCUGUGUCCAAAGACAUUUUCAGACAAGCACUGGAGCGCAUGGCUUUCUCAAAGGACCCCAGGAGAACCAGCCUUAGGGAUUCUAGUGUGGAGAUGAGCUCUGGUACGCAGCCGUCCUGCGCACCCAAGGCCAUGCCCACAGCUCACGUCACUUUCCUUAUUGACUGUGCAACUGGGAAACAAGUCUCCCUGGCAGCAUCCACGGCGCCACCCCACGCAUCAAGAGCCAAUCAGGGAUGUGUCGCCCCACCCAUGAAGACCUUCGUUAUGUUCCGUGGAAAAACCACGAUGCUUGGGACUCAGAACAUUUCUCUCAGUCGCGGAGCCCUUGACGGAGCCAAGGAUACCUUGCCACCCUACAGAGGACUCGGGGCUCCACAUUCGCUCCCUGCCAGCCUACCUGGUCCCCAGAAUGAUCCUAAAGCCCAGGGGAGCUCCCUGAAGCCUGGAGCUACUGAAAAGCACUCAACCCGGGAGAAGGUCAAACACUCACUGAAGGCUCUGACCUGUCUCUGCGGGCAGGUGGAGUAGUUUCCUAGGAUCUGUCAGGGGCGGGGCUGGUGGUAGGGGCAGGGGAGGGGGUGGGCCGGGAAUGCGGGUGUCUUUGAAGCCUGAAGCCAAGAAGACAUAUUAAAUGCACCGAAGAACGGAAAAGCCAGUUAUGCCUCUGUCCUCUUCGCCAAGUUCUCAGCUGGAGUCAGGCAAGAAGCCAACCAAGCACCUUCUAUGUGCCCUGGGCACUGUUGCUGCCACCGCUGCCACCCCCACCCCGGGCACUCCGUCCCCCCUUCCCCCCACUGCCGCACCACGGUUUUCUUGAAGCUUGGAAAGGGAGAGAGUUGAACAAGUGAUCAAAUAAAUAAAAAACGCUGGUUUUGAGCAAGCUGA